AUGGCCGGUGCAUUACCAAAAGGAUGGGAACAACGGUUCGAUACGCAAACAAAACAAUCUUAUUUUGUUAACAUAAACACAAACGAGAAAACAACCCAUGACCCCCGUUUGCCACUGUAUCCGACUCCAAAACCACGAAAUCAUUACUCUCUACCAACACCGGGUCAUAAUCCCGUACUUUCCCAGCAAACAUCGCAACCGUAUCAUGCAAAUUCACUUCCGAACCAUUCUCAUGCUGCAAACCGUUCAACUCCAGCAGCCUCUUAUUUGGGUAAUGCUAAUUUAUCUCCUCAAUCAUCUCCUCAACAAACAGAAAGUAUAAUUUCGGCACCUCAACAUUGCGCUUCGGGUUCUUCUCUCUUAGAACAACCAUAUUCCCCUUCUCAAAAAAAAAAUAAUAAUAUAGUUGCUCCACAUACGCCAGUGACCCAUCGUGCUAAUGAUGUUUACACGCAACAAACUGUAAAGCAUCAACCGCAAACUGUUCAAACCAUCGGUGGGCAAACACCAAAUGUUGUAUAUGUUCAACCUCAACAGCCCGCACAAAAGGUAUAUGUUCCGCAAGGAGGAAAUCAAGUAGCAUAUAGUAUAUUGUCAAACCAACAACAACCUGCACAAAAGGUAUAUGUUCCGCAAGGAGGAAAUCAAGCAGCAUAUAGUGUUUUAUCAAAUCAACAACAGCAACCUACACAAAAGGUUUAUGUUCAACAAGGAGGAAAUCAAGUAGCAUAUAGUGUUUUAUCAAAUCAACAACAGCAACCUACACAAAAGGUUUAUGUUCAACAAGGAGGAAAUCAGGUAGCAUAUACUGUAGCAUCAAAUCAGCAUCAGCAACCUACGCAAAGGGUUUAUGUUCAACAAGGAGGAAAUCAAGUAGCUUACAGCGUAGCAUCAAAUAAUCAGCAACAACCUACGCAAAAGGUUUAUGUUCAACAAGGAGGAAAUCAAGUAGCAUAUACUGUAGCAUCAAAUCAGCAUCAGCAACCUACGCAAACGGGUUAUGUUCAACAAGGAGGAAAUCAAGUAGCAUAUACUGUAGCAUCAAAUCAGCAUCAGCAACCUACACAAAAGGUUUACGUUCAACAAGGAGGAAAUCAAGUGUUAUAUAGUGUAGCAUCAAAUCAUCAGCAACAACCUACUCAAAAGGUUUAUGUUCAACAAGGAGGAAAUCAAGUAGCAUAUAAUGUAGUAUCAAAUCAACAACAGCAACCUACGCAAAUGGGUUAUGUCCAACAACAAGUAGGAAACCAGGUAGCAUAUAAUGUAGUAACAAAUAAGCAAAUUAACUCUUAUCCCACAAUGAAUGCAUCAACAGUUGUUGGGUAUAAAGCUUAUACUGCUGCAGCAACCAACAUGGCCACUCCUACUGUCGUUUCUCAAAAUCCACAAAAUGCAUCGGUCUUAACAGGACAACAACAUAACGCUACAACACAGCAAACGGUUACCAUGUCUCAACCUACAGGAGUAAAUGUACAGGGACAGCAAGUUAAUUUGUAUGCUAAUCAACAAACAAUCGGACAAAAUAAUGUUAAUUCAUUAAAUAAUAUCGCUAAUCAAAGUUGUGAAGCGAUGUUUGAUGUUGGAAGAAAGGUGUUCGAUCCAAAGACCUAUUCAAAUUUAUUCUCGUCAAAUCAAUACAACCAAAAUGUAGUAAUUGUUGGUAACAAUGCGACUAAUCAACCUCAACAAAUUUCAAUUCAACAAGGAAGUCAGGCAAAUGCUGUCCAAUUGCAACAAUUAAAUAACACACUUCAAAACAAUCAAAAACUAUUGCAGCAACAAUUAAGACCAGCAGGUAAUCAAAUGCUACAUCAAAGGCCUACCGGUUCAACGCACCCUUUCUCUGGAGCAAUUCGUCCACCACGCACUCAAAAACCUCCACAACAAGUAAAUACUUCUAACGCACCGCAUGCCCACGGUAAAAUACCAGGUAAACUUGGAAACUUUGGAAAACUUGGAAAGCUUGGGAAACCAUAUAAGCCAACCAAUAAUCCUAAUAAGCCAGCAAAUAAUUCUAAUAAGCCGGCAAAACAAAAUAAUCAAACUCAACAGCAGACACAAGAUUUUGCGCAAGAUGCAACUCAGCAACAGGAAGUUCAAGCUGCCGAACAAAAUGAGCAAGCUGGACAAAAUGAAGGCGAACAAGUGGAGGAUUAUUAUAAUGAAGGAACUUAUGAACAAAAUUAUGAAAAUUAUCAAGGAUUUGAAGAUGAUACUUAUUAUCAGGAAUAUUGUUACAAUGACACUACAUAUGAAGAAGAUUGCUAUAAUAAUGGUGCUACAUAUGAGGAGAAUUAUGAAAAUACUGCUUAUGGUGGUGAAUAUGAUGCGGGUGUUACAAGUGAAUUUAAUGAAGGAUUCGAUAUAAAUUCAAUAACAGAAGGUGGGGAAGGUGGUGGAGGUGGUGGUGGUGGCUUUGAAAUGGGUUCGAUUUUAGGAGAUGGUGGUUGCUUUGAUAUGAGUUCCUUAACUGAGAGUAUUGAUUUUUAA